AGGCUAAAUUUAUAAAUAUUAUUUUAAAUUUACAAAUAGUUCUUGUAAAAUGAUUUAUUAAUAACGUCACAAUAUGCUUUUAUAUUUUUGUAACUGGCAACACUUUUGUGGUAGUUACUCGUUUCCCGCUUUAAAUCUUUUUUGUACAGAAUACCAACUGUCAUCGACAAGGUUAUUUAAGGCGGGAAAUGCUGAGAAAAAGCUCAGUCGUCACUUGUCAGUUGUCUCGAUAACUUAGUACCCUCUGCUACACAAACGCUGUACUGUAAUAAAUAGUUUACAUAUACGACAAAGGAGUUUACUUUAUCAAGAACCUCAACAUAUCAGAAGCCAGGAUAAAAGUAGAACUAAAAGUUCUACUUACCACGUCCACAGAAGUGAAAACUUUCAGGCAAUACAAUUGGGAAUAAUGCCGAAGCACAGGCAAAAAUCCAGGCAUGUGGACAGAAACAGUUCGCAGCAGGAAAGGAAUGCUAGGACGCAGCCGAGGUCCAGAACUCCAGCCGUGCGUCGUAGCAGGUCACGUGAACGACGGUCGAGGAGAAGUAAGCGGGCGAGUAAGCGAUCUUGUGAGCAACGACAGCUCCGGAGCCCUUCAGUGCACGAGGUAGGAGAGAAUUCAAGAACUACUCAUAAAGGCUUAUCUAAAAGACGUAGAGUACAAAGUCAAUCAUCGCUGUCAAGUUCGGAGGAAAGGUCGCCUCGUAGGAAGAGAAGUGCUAAUUUAAGUAAUCUAGAUAUAGUUGAAAACUUUUAAACGUUAUAGCAAGUAAAAAUACCACUGACGUAGAUAAAUUCCCUGUCUUAAAUGUUGUACCUGAUUUCGACCCAAUGUGCCGUGAGCAGACUGUGGAGACCUGGAUACAUAAGGUUGAAGAAUGCGCUCAGAUUUAUGGAUGGUCUGAUAAACAAAUAGUCCAUUAUGCAAUGCCCAAGCUCUGCGGCGUUGCUAAAACCUGGUAUCAGGGUCUCCCCUCUGCUACAUUCCUGGUCUGAAUGGAAAUUAAGGUUAACGGAGUCUUUUCCUUCACAAACUAACUAUGCGGAGACACUUACUCAAAUGUUGAAUAAGAGAGCUAAGUUUGGCGAAUCUCUUGAGGAAUAUUUUUAUACUAAAAUUAAUCUGCUAAACCGUUGCAAAAUCUAUGGUAAGGAUGCAGUCGACUGCAUAAUAUACGGCAUAGACGAUAGGGGUGUUCGCCUAGGUGCUCAAGGGGCGCAAUUCUCUGAACCCGAACAGUUGCUUAAGUUCUUUAAAAGUGUAAAAAUUAAUCAACCGAUUGGUAACGAUCCUAAAAAUAAAAAUACAGAUCGACAGGAAAAGAAACCUGCUCAAAAAUCGGAUAAUGAUAAAAGGCCUAAGCCACAAAGUUUAAAAUGUUAUAAUUGUAACGAGACUGGUCAUCCAUUUUUCCGUUGUUCUAAACCUACAAUUAGAUGCAAUAAUUGCAAUUUGAGAGGUCAUUUAGCAGAUAACUGCCCUAAUAAAACGAACCAAGCUCAUAAAGCCAAUGUAGAGUCCCAGUCUGUAAUGGAAGUACAUUCGACUGAUAAUAUAAAUGCUAAGUACAAAAUUCCAAUUAGAAUUAAUGGCAAAACACUUUUGUCUCAUAUUGAUCUUGGAAGCGAAUGUACCCUUAUUAGACUGACUGACGCGAUAAGUCUAGGAAUUCAAUGGAAAACUGAGUCCCUGCCUAUUUUGAGGGGAUUAGGUAAUAUUCCCUACCGGCCAGUAGGACGUGCGUUCGUUGAUAUAGAUGUACAGGACAUAAUUGAAGAAAAUGUUGAGAUUUUGAUUGUGACUGACGAUAUGAUUAAUGACCCGGUAUUACUAGGACACACGUACACUGAACGUCCACAGAUACAAAUAACAAAACUAAUACAGAUAUAAUUGUUAAGCGCUGCCAAGUUCACGAUGACUCCAAGUUGAUAUUACUGACCUUUCAGUCUAAUAAUCUAAAACCACACACCACUAAUGCUAUAAAGGUAAAGUCAGAUACAAUUUUUUGCGGCAGGAUUUACGUACACGGGACAAUUAGAGGACGCCCAGGUUAUGAAUAUUUUCUUCUUCCCGGUGAAUAUGACUUAAGUCUAGGAUUAGGGACAUUAAUAAUACAAAACAUAUGUGACAAAGACAUAAAUAUGCCUAUAGAUACAUUAGUGACACGAGCUCGGGUAGCGAGCACUCUAGACGUACCAAACACUUAUAAUAUUUUGGACAUACAAUUAACUGACGAAGCUUUAAAAUGCGGUAACAUAACACAACAGCAGAAAUUUGAACUUGUGAAAUUGUUGGAGAAAUAUCGCAAAUGUUUCUCAUCUAAUUUGCAUGAACUGGGCUAUACAACUAGUGUAGAGAUGGAAAUUAAGUUAAAAGAUUCUGAGCCCGUGGUCUACCGGCCCUAUCGCCUGUCAUAUUCUGAUAGACAACUAGUACAAUCUAUGAUUCAAGAAAUGUUAGAGAGUGGCAUCAUCCGGGAAUCUUCUUCGCCGUAUGCAAGCCCUAUAGUCCUCGUGCAAAAGAAAUCUGGCGAAAAACGCCUAUGUGUUGAUUAUAGGGCUUUAAACAGAAAGACCGUUAAGGAACAUUUUCCACUCCCCCGCAUAGAAGAUCAAUUGGAUCUCUUGGCUGGUAAUACCAUGUUUAUUACUCUCGAUUUAGCAUCAGGGUAUUACCAAAUUCCCAUAGCUGAAGAAUCCCGAGAAAGAACUGCCUUUAUUACGCCCGACGGCCAAUACGAAUACAACCGUAUGCCGUUCGGACUGGUAAACGCUCCU